UUUUUGGAAAUUUGAAUGUUCUUUAUAAUUUUCAUCCUCCUCCUCAAUUGUUUGAAUUUUCUUUAUUAUUCAGCAAAAUCUUGGUUUUUAUUUGUCAAAACCAAGAAAGCUGAAUUUUUUUUAAUUAGAAAUUGUUAUUUUUAUUGGUUGCAAAUGCAAUCUGGGGAAUGUUCUGUUGUGGCUCCUCAUUCCCCACCCUGGAAGUUCUCUACAUUUGAGGAAGAUGAAAUGCAUGAAACCGAAAAAACAUCCUCCAUAGUAGUCUCGAAAAGUUUUAAUGCAAGUGCAACCAAAGGCUCCAGAGUUCACAAUUCGUGUGGGGUGGCAGGCAACUUCGUUAUAAUGACAGCGCUCAGGAGCAAGAUCCUCACCUUGAGAGAUUUGCUUGACUUAUCGCCGUGUUUUGGCUCUGCAUCCCUAAAUGAGCUGCUGAUAUUAACGCUGAAGGAUCUGCAUAAAAUGUAUCCUUCCGUCAACACGAAUGUUCCAUUGUCAAGUAUUGAUGGAGCAGGAAUGGAUCAGGCACUACAAUGCUUUUGUGAUACUUUGAAAUCAAUCGGGGCAAUAUGGACGGGUGAUGAUGAAUUCAUAAUGAAAUUGGACGAGGAGUACAGUAAUCUCCACAAUGAUCUAAGACGUUAUGGAUUGGUAUUGCUUGACGAGAUGAUUAAACUAGCCACUGAAAGGGUGUUUGAUAUGAUGGACGAGGAUGACCAGACGAGAGAUGAAAGUCCUUCAUCCGAUGCAUUUGAGAGGGCUCUUCCGGAGUCUCAUUCGGACAACGAGUCUUCCCUCUCAAGCCCUCCACCUACCCCAACUUCAGUCCUCUCCUCAGCAAUUAGUGCUUCACUGAAGAGUGAAGUCAAGGCUAAAGAAACUGAGAAGUUGAAUCCUAUCGAUGUAAAACGCCUCUAUUUUGACUUGCUCCCUUAUGCAAUAGAUCAAGAUCCAAAUUAUGUUGUUCAGCUAGCAACCAACUUCAGUGAGCAAAAAUCAGAAAUACAAGCAAAGGUUGGUUCUGAAGUGAAAGCAGGGGAUGCUUAUGAAUUUGGCCAAGAUUUCGAAAUGUUGGACUCAGCAGAUAUUCUACUAACUGAUAUGGAUAAUGUAUCAGAAAACGGAGGAACUUGUCGGACUGGUUCUACAAAUAAUCAGCUAUUGUCAAGUCGUGUCUCGUUAGACUUGGUUUUACCUCCAUCUACACUCCCUGAGUUGAGAUCAAAUGUCGAAGAACAAGCUACAGCUCCACUAGCACCAUUCACAUUAUCUUCAAAUGUCAUAAAGUCACCAUCUUUGACAUCCAGAAACAUAGUUACACCUCCGUCUCCGCCCCCACUACCACUACAUCCCAUGAUGGUGCCUCCACCACCUCCAUUGCCACCUAAGACCACAACCAAUAUAAUAACACUUCCACCUCCACCCCCUCCCAUGACAUCCGGAAAUGUAAUAGCACCUCCGUCUCUGCCUCCUCCCCCAGCACCUCCAUCGCCACUUAAGACAACAACACAUAUAAUAACACUUCCACCUCCACCACCGCCGCCACUGAUGACAUCCAGAAAUGUAAUAUCACCUCCACCUCCACCACCACCUCCCAUUGGAUCAAAGGGUAUGACACGUCCACCACCACCGAUGGCUUCAAAUGGAGCAGUGCCAGCACCACCUCCACCCAUGCCAAAGGGAAAAGGACCGGCACCUCCACCACUAAUAGGUUUUAUAGGUGUGUUACUAGUCAAGAGAGCAGCCACUAAAUUGAAAAGAUCAACGCAAAUGGGUAAUCUUUAUCGACUUCUCAAGCUCCAAGUUGAAGGCUCUAGUUUAGAUAGUACAUCACAUCACAAAAUGGGAAAAGUUGGUGCCUCAGCAGGAGGUAAACAGGGAAUGGCUGAUGCAUUAGCAGAGAUGACAAAGAGGUCAGCAUAUUUCCAUCAAAUUGAAGAGGAUGUUAAAAAUUACGCGAAAACAAUCAAGGAGAUAAACACAGCCAUUACUUCUUUUAAAACAUCAGACAUGUCUGAGCUCAUUAAGUUCCACGGAUAUAUAGAAUCUCACCUUGAGAAAUUAACCGAUGAAUCUCAGGUGCUAGCAAGAUUUGAAGAUUUUCCUACGAAAAAGUUGGAAGAACUCAGAAUGGGAGCAGCAUUAUAUUCCAAGUUAGACACAAUAGCCACUACUCUACGAAAUUGGUCGAUAGUCUCCCCUGUUGGCGAACACCUUGACAAAGCUGAGAGUUACUUUAACAAGAUCAAAGUAGAAAUUGACACAUUGGAACGAACAAAAGACGAAGAGGCCAAGAAAUUUAUAAGCCAUAACAUUCAUUUUGAUUUCGGCAUCCUCAUUCGUAUCAAAGAACUAAUGAUAGAUGUUUCCUCAAACUGCAUGGAACUUGCCAUAAAGGAGAGUAGAGAAGCAAAGACAAAGGAAAACAGAAGAGGUGGAUCGAAAAAUGGAUCACGUAAACUGUUAUGGAAGGCCUUCCAGUUCGCGUUCAGAGUCUAUAGUUUCGCUGGUGGACAAGAUGAUCGCGCUGACAAGUUGACAAGGGAGUUAGCUCAAGAAAUACAAAGAGAUCCUAACCAAUAGACAUAUUGUUAUACUCAAAAGGCGGAUGCAUAUGGAGCUAUCAAACAAUGGGUAUGACAAUUGAACUCAAUAUUCUCGACAU